AUUCAAACUAUGGCAACGCCGCUAAAAGACAUUCCAAUCGUUGAGGAUGUGACUCUUUGCUCAAUAUGCUUCGAGAAGUUUAAAAAACCCAGGUACCUUCCUUGUUCUCAUUCGUUUUGUCAAAGUUGUUUAUCGUCCUAUAUUGUCAGCAUUUGCGCGUCUACGGAACCACGUUUGGGAUUUAACUGUCCAUUAUGCCGUGAGUACAUUCCUUGUAAAGGCACUUUUGAUAAGCCCGAAGAAUUGGUAAACUUGUUCCCUGUGAAUAACCUUUUGGAAAAAAUUAUUGAGAAAGGCGAUCAGCUGAAUUGCGAGUCCUGUCUUAGGGAUAACGAGGAAGAAGAAGCUUCCGCCUAUUGUGCCACGUGUAUGGAAAAUUUAUGUCAAGUUUGUACAAAAUGUCAUAAGAAAGGUUUGGUCACGAAGGACCAUAGACUGUACCUUCUCAGUGAAAUAAAGUCAUCAAGCAUUGUUCCCGAAUCGGUUUCAAACUUAACCUGUUCAAAUCACAAAAACAGAGAGAUAGAAUUAUUUUGCAACGAUCACGAAAAACUAUGCUGUACAAUGUGUGUAAGCACGGAGCACAGAAAAUGUGAAAGUGUUGAUACUGUUGAAAUAGCUGCAUCAAAUUUAAGAGAAAGUGGUAAACUUGGCGGUCUGUUAAAUGACGUGAGGAAUCUGGAGAAGAAACUCAUAGGUUCCAAGGCUAGGCAAGAGAAAAACGUUACUGAAAUAGAAGAUACUGUGGAUGACAUCACGGAAAAAGCAGAAAAGGAGUUCAAUACUAUAGUUGAUCAUUUGGAGAAGCUUAAAAAUGAGCUUUUACAAGACAUUUCUGUAAUAGGAAAACAAAAUAAAGAAAAAUUAAGGAAAAGUAUAGAGAUUGUUGCUGACGGAGUUCAAUGUUCAAAGUCUUGUGGUGAUAAGAUUGAAAGAGCCAUUGUGAAGGGUGGUGAUGUUGAAUUAUUGAUGGAAUAUUACUCAGCAAGGGCCACUCAAGACCAGAUGAAUUGUUUUCAUUUUAAAGAGAAAAAUAUCAGCAUAUUAGAAAAUAGAUCCGAAUUGUUGAAACAAAUUAAAGACUUGAAAAGUCUAUCACAGAUAGAAACCCUUGAAUUUGAACCAGAUGUCUUUCCUGGGUACGAAAAGGAACUGUCUUUGAAAAGAGAAUUUAGCCCGUCCAAUGUUAAUAUUUGCAGCGGAACUUUUCUUUCAAAUGGUUCAUUUAUUGUUGCAAAUCAUCUCUCAAAUGGUGGGUGUAAUAUUUAUGAUAAUGGUUUGACAUGCAUAAAAACUAUUGCAGGACUUAGUGAUCCUUUUGCAGCAGCUGAAUAUGGAACUGAGUUGUUUAUUACUUGCCUUGGCACAAAAUCUAUUAAGGUUUUCUCUUCUUCUGAUUACUCAGAAAAAAGAAGCAUUAAAUUAAAUAUUGACGUUUAUGGAAUAACUUGCAGAAAUGGGGUGUUCUAUUUGGCAUGUGGAGACAAAAUUAUAAAGAUCGAUUCAAGUGGGGAAAGACUUAAAGAAUACAAAACAGGGAAACGUGUUGUACACCUUCUUGGGUUGAAUCGUGUUAAUCUUAUAUACAGCAACAAGGAAAAGCACACAGUUACUGCGAUAAAUGAAGAGGGUGAUGCUCUUUGGGAAUACAAAGCAUCUAAUCUGAAACUUCCAUAUGGACUAGAAAGGGAUAGUGAUGAUAACAUUUUUGUUGCUGGUACAGAGAGUGAAAACAUCCACAUACUGUCCUACACUGGAGAGGCUAUUAGAAUUUUCGAUUGUGUGCAGAAACCAAUCUUUUUAGCCAUAAAUAAACAGAUGCAGGUUUACUAUGUUUGUAGUGAAUAUAAGAAAAUUAAGGUUUAUGAAUUGAAAUAAAGCUAUAAAAACUUUA